AUGUUCGAUGUAGAAGAUUUAUUUAAAAAGAAUGAUUAUAAAUAUCGUCAAACAUUAAAGACUGUAAAUUCGUUUUUCAUUUAUCGGAAGGCUAUGGUGAAGCAGAAUGAAAAGGGAGGAAAGAAAUGUGAUAUGCCAAAAUUAUCCAAGAUUUCUUCUAUAUUUUGGAAACAAGAAGAAAAGCAUGUCAAAGAUGCAUAUAAACAAUUAGCAAAAAAAGAUCGAGAUCUUUUCGCUAAACAAAUCGACUCGCUACAAGCCAUUAACGCUGGAAAGAGUUUAGGAUUUCCUCAACCACAACUGCAACCACAAACAGCAGCUAUCCAUCCAAGAUUUAAUCCGAUUCAAAAUACAUAUAGUCUUAGCCGAAAUUUAAACAUUAAUAAUAACAAUCAGCUUAAUACAGCGAUGCUUAAUCGAAUUGACCAAAUCUUUCAUGCUCGAUUUGACCAAAUCUUGCAUGCUCGAAUUGAUGAACUCGUGCAUGCUUCAUUAUCACAACGCAGCAUAAAACCUAUCGAUUACAAUCCUCUAUUCAAUCCAAGUGGUCAAUGGUCGACGAACGAUCGUCAUUGUCUUAACGUCUAUACCCCGCCGCCGAAUUCUGUAGUCGUACCAUUCUACGACGUGUGGAUACGAUGGAAUAAAACAAAUGAGUGUAGUGAUCCCGUGACUCCACUGACAAACUUCAUGUUCACUUUACACAAUAAUCCAAAAAAUGAGAAUAACGCCGACAGUCCGAAAAUUAAAUCGGAAUGGGAACAUCCUAUCACUUUUAAAGUCAAAAAAUAUCAAUAUGAAUGGGAAGUGCCAUUGAUUGAAGAAGGCGUUGUAAAGAAUAUGAGUUUAUUUUACAUUAGAGUAUUAACUCAUGCUGUUUUGAGUUCAGGCUCUUUUACUAUGUCGGGUGUAGCUGGUCCAUUAAAUAUAUGA